AUGCAUUGGACUGCGUGGGCAUCGCUGCCCGUUCUUAUCUUUGUGUUUUGGAUGUAUACCAGCACCCUCGGUGCAUCCUUCCCUACCCUCAACAACAAGCGCAUCCUACUGUUGAUAGCGCAUCCAGACGACGAAGCCAUGUUCUUUGCCCCGACAUUGUUGGCAUUGACGCGUCCAGAACGCGGUAACCAAGUCAAGAUACUAUGCCUGAGCAGUGGCGAUGCUGAUGGGCUGGGCGAAGUGCGCAAGAAAGAGCUAGUCAAGAGCGGGUUGCAGCUGGGUAUCGGAAGCAAGGAGGACAUUCUCGUGGUCGAGGACAAAAACUUCCCAGACUCAAUGACGGUAACAUGGCACCCACGCCUGAUUUCGAAUCUGCUCACAACCGCCUUCGCACCAAACAUGAAGUCAAUUUCGUCCGAGGAAGCACCGCAGGCGACCAUCGACGCCAUCAUCACCUUUGACGCACACGGCGUGUCGGGUCACCCCAAUCACAAAUCGCUCCAUGGCGGAGCGCAUACUUUCUUGAAGGCGCUCAUGCAUCGUCACAGCGGAUGGAACUGCCCCGUCAAGCUGUACACCCUCACCACCACGUCAAUAUUCCGCAAAUAUCUCAGCUUGCUGGACGCGCCUGCUACAAUCAUUGGCGCAAUUGUGCGAAAGAAGGAGCUCGGCGGCUUCCCUACUCCGCUCCUGUUCAUCAGCUCACCGGUCGGCUACAGGACUGCCCAAAAGGCCAUGACAACGGCGCACGAGAGCCAAAUGCGCUGGUUUCGCUGGGGCUGGAUCACCAUGUCGCGCUACAUGGUGCUCAACGAUCUGAAGAGAGAGAAGGCGGGUUAG